AUGCCUGUGACAGUCGAGGAUUUAGACCGGGCCAUUCGAGCUGCAUUCCCUGUGUCCCAUCUCGACAUUGAGGAUCAAUCAAGUGGAUGUGGAUCCAGCUAUGCAAUUCUCCUGGUUAGUGAGGUCUUUGAGGGCAAGAGUACUCUUGCGAGGCAUAGAUUAAUCAACCAGGCACUGAAGCAAGAAAUAUCACAGCUGCACGCGUUUUCUCAGAAAUCUUUUACCCCGGCGCAAUACGCUGCGCAUCUGGCGAAAAGUGGUUGA